CUGCACAGCUCUGGCUUGGCUUUUGCUCUAUAGCUAACUAGAGAUCGAAUUGAGGUUAGCAAACUACGAUCUGAGAUCAGUUUGAGCGUGCGCAUUCGAUUUGAGAUCGAUGGCAGCCGGACGCCAUCGAUGCGCGCGAUGCACAUUGUUGUCUGCCCUGCUUGUUAUGAAAGCAAAUGCAUUGGCGCCCUUCCACCACGCUGCCAUCAAAUGCCGGGACAUCGAGCGCUCCAUGAAGUUCUACUCGCUUUUCGGGCUGGAGGAGGCGUGCCGCUUCCGCAGCGGCGCGGCGCGCUGCGCGUGGCUUACGGGCGCGGCGACGCGCCUCGAGUUGAUCGAAGUACCAUCGUACGUGAACGCCACGGCCGCACCCGACGGCUUGGUGGAGGAGGCCGUCGGCCUGAACCACCUCGCCUUCGACGUGACCGACGAGGCGGGCGGCGCCGACCUCGCGGCGUACCUCAAACAGCUCAACGCG